UCCGGAAUGCUUGGCAAUGGUUGGAGCUUACGUCCGCGCUGGUGGUUGGGCGCAUCCUCUCCAAGCCUCAAUGUCUUGAGGCCAACUCAAUGGGCACUACGCCAGCGAUUUUUGCUGGAUUUAUUGCUGCAAGUGCACAAGCCGCUGCUGCAACAGGAGCUCAUCGACAUGGGCCGUGAGCUCAACGAGAAUCCAAGCGAUUACGAAACGGGCAGUUGGCCUUUGUUGCUGGAUUUCUUCGAGCGCGUGCAUCAGGGUCGCAUUUUGCGCCCAUACAGUAUCUAUAGCCUUUUGCAGGAGGAGCUGCCGCAGCAGCUGCUGGACGUUUAUCGCUUUCUAGUGCUAGCCAAAGACUGGAGGAUCUUUCAGUGCAAUGCAUGCUAUGCCCGGAGCCGCUUUAACCCCGUGCUCUUUGUGCAUGCACUGCAGCUGGCUAUUGCCGAACGUGCGGACACAAAGGAUCUGAUGAUGCCGGUCAUGCAUGAGGUGCUGCCACAGCUCUACUUCGACAAGGAGCUGAUACGGGAAGCAAAGUCCGUUAAUUGGCAGCAGUUGGUUCCAGUUCGAAUCGGCCAAAAACGCUCCUGGAGGGAGACACUGGGUAGCAUUUUGUACCCGAAGAUAUUCAGACAGCCACUGGAGGUGCCACUAGAGGACCUAAUGCCAGUCGACCCAGUUGUCAUAGCAGUGAAUUCUAUUGGGAUGCCGCUUAGCUUAGAUGUUGCCUUAAAUGGCUACUGGAGCAGGCUUAUCAGCAGGCUGAUAUGCGGAUCGAAAGCUAAGGAAGAUUAUGAGACUGCUAUAAUAGACGGCGAUCGCAUGUUGCAGUUCCGCAAUGCCCAAGAUGAAUGGAUAUACCGUCAACAAGUCGAGGGUGCAGCGAUGCUAGAAGCCGGACAGUUACUGCUGCACAACAUCGGGCAGUUUGUGGUGUUGCUGCAGCUGGAAGAAUUAGCGACGGGCACAAGAUCAGUUGAGCUGGUCACGCCCACAUUGAUGACAACGGGUGGGGUACCCUACAAGGCAACUGCGCUGAAUGCCGAAGACGUGCGACAGUUGAUAAGAAAGUCUAUUGAAGAACUGCAAAGUCGGAUUGAUAAGCAGCUGAAAAGCAAUGUCGAAAUUCAGCCUAUGUGGCUCGUGGGUCAAGUGAUUGCAGCAGAGUACUGGGGACUCUGUCGACAUUUAAGUCUCGCCAUUAACGGGAAUCAUGUGGAGCCCAGCUUUCUGGGCAUGACCACGUCCAACCUGCGGGAUCCCAUAUAUCGAUCGCUGCUAAUUCAACUGGCUCAAUUAAUUUCCCAGUACGAUCCAGCGCCAAAGUCUCAAUCGUUCGACAGGCAACGGCCGCUGGCACAGAUCGUCCGAGUGAGCAAAUUGGAAACCUAUGAGGAGCUAAUGGACACCGAUUUGAUUAAUCUAAUGGAUCAGCAGUUGCUUCAGUCGCAGCGCAACAAUUUGCAAUUGCUACGUCGCCGUCUUGUGGCACGUCAAUUGCGCUUGAAUCAUAAGCCAUUCCGCAUUACCUAUGAGCUGUCCGUACCGGAGACGAUGGCUGUCCAAAUUCGCAGUUAUCUGGCGGUGCCUGGCAGAGCUCAGCCUCGACUACUCCUUGACAACUUUGUGCGUGAGCUGGCAACUGGUGAGCAUCAACUGGAACGUUAUUUUCCUGCUGCUUCUAGUGAUCACACGCUUAGCAAGCUCUACGAAGCACAGGCACCAUUAGAUGCUUCCAAAUCGUGUUCAUUUCCUCAGCAUCUGCAGCUGCCUCGUGGCACUGCUGAAGGUCUACCGCUUCAACUACAUGUGCAAGUGCUUCAAUGGAACGACACUCAAGCAGGUGCAGAGUGUGCCAGCUUUAUUGAUGGCAGUGGGACACAGCUCGCUAGCGACACUUUAGAUGUGGUCAUAUACCAUCAGGAAUUACUAAUAUCAAAGGACGAAUUGGAAUAUAAAUAA